UGUCAUUGGUCAAUUGCGAACUUUUAUCUUUACUGUCUACAUAGAUAAUGCUGCGUGAUAUAUAUUCCUAGCAGAAAUUCUCCUUGGGCCCACACUUUUAACAUUUGCACAAAUGUUAAAUGAUAAAUUUAAUACCGUUCGGCUUAUCAUCGGACUAACCGAUCCGCUUCCGCCUGCGCUCUGGUACAAUAAAGUAUCGGCGGUAUUUAAGCGAAGUGUCAAGUUACCGGAGCCAGUUUGCAUCAUCAGUUAGUUGCAGCCAGGUGAAUAGACAACGUGAUGUCGCGUGUAUUCGUUUGCCUCUUUGUGCUCUUCAUCUUCAGCAUCGCCGUUCGAUUUGGCGAUUGCGAAAACAACUCCACCCAACCCGACAUCAAAUGUGAUGAUGAAAAUAUCACACCUGGUUCCGAUAAAACUCGUAUGUCGAGCCUUGAAAAAAUGUUGAAGGGACUAUUGUCGCCCAUAAAUAUUGCGGAUAAAAUCUUGGGGAAGGACGAUUCGGAAUCUAAAGACACAGGAUCCUUCGGCAAAAUUCUCGAUAAAUUCAGCAAAUAUGUUCACUUUAUCUAUCCAGGAACACUCUGGUGCGGUAGCGGAGAUAUAGCACGUGAAGAACGCGAUCUCGGUGUUUUCAAGAGAACAGACGCCUGUUGCAGAGCGCAUGAUAAUUGCAAAAACGAUAUCUUGGCCAACAAAACGGAGGUCAAUCUCAAGAACAACGGUAUUUUCACAAGGUCUGCUUGCACUUGCGACAACGAGUUCUACAAUUGUCUGAAAAAAGCUUCCAGUCCGAUCGCAUUUAAAAUCGGAGUUAUGUACUUCAAUUUACUGCAACCGCAGUGUUUCAAAUGUGUAUGCCCGACGGCAGAUUGCAACCCUGAAGACGGUACGGAGUGUAAGGACCAGUGCACGAAGUACAAGUGGGUCAGCAGUCCCAAAUAUUAAGUUGAAUUAAAAAUCGUAAUAACAGACUUACGAGUUUGAUGAAACAAAAAGGAAGAUUCUCAACUCUUGACAUAUAAAUUGUAUGUUUUUCUUUAAUAUUUGAUAUUAUUUUACAAAAUUCACAAUUUUAUUUAGCUCGAUUUAAGAAAAAGAUAAUUAGUGAUUAGACUCCUUAUUGUUAGAUUAAGACAGAUGAGAGAAUACAACCUUUAUUUUUUUAGAAGCUAUUAUUGUGCAUAAUACUCUAAAAUUAUGUGUUUACUUAAUAUGUGCACUGAUGCAUUGUAGUGGCGGUGCUAUGUAAAUAAAACUUAAUGAUGUAAACAGAA